UGUUCUGUUUCUUGUGGACGAGGACAGAAGUACCGAGAAGCAUACUGCAUGUCGAAGGAUGGGAAACUUUUAGAAAACAGUCUUUGUACACAACUGGCUAAACCAAAUGUGCUGAGGAAGUGUAGAGGUGGCAGGUGCCCCAAAUGGAAAGCAGGAGACUGGGGACAGUGUUCAGUAUCCUGUGGGAAAGGAACGCAGCGGAGAAACGUCUUCUGCCAUUUUACUGCUUCAAAAAGAACUAGAGAGACUGAAUGCAAUCAGUCAAGCAGACCAGCUUCUGAACAGGAAUGUCAAAUGGCAGAAUGUUCAUUCUAUUAUUGGAAAACGGAGGACUGGCAAGAAUGUAGCAAAACCUGCGGCAAGGGGUCUAGAUACCGGAAAGUUAUCUGUGUGGACCAAAAUAUGCAAGACGUUGAUAGUCUUCACUGUGAUCCAAGCAAGAGGCCAUCUGAUGUUGAGAUUUGCACGUUACCCCCAUGUGAAUACAUUUGGAUUACAGGAGACUGGUCAGAGUGCUCUGUGACCUGUGGUAAAGGCUACAAGCAAAGGCUGGUUUCCUGCAGUGAAAUAUAUACAGGGAAAGAUCACUACGAGUAUGGUUAUCAGAACACUGUCCAUUGUCCAGGCACGCCACCACUAAAUGUGCAGUCAUGCUAUCUAGGCGAGUGCCCUGUUUUGGCAUCGUGGAGAGUUGGAAAUUGGGGAAGUUGUUCGGUGACUUGUGGAAUUGGGGUAAUGCAACGGUCAGUUCAGUGCCUCACAAACAGCGAUCAAGCAAGUACCUCAUGCCUUGACGAUUUAAAACCUGAGGAAAGGAGGCCAUGCCACAACAUCCAUAAUUGUGAACUACCAACAAGCUGCAAAGAAGCAAAAAGGCUCAAAGUCAUUACUGAGGAUGGCGAAUAUUUUCUGAACGUUAAAGGAAGACUUUUAAAGAUAUAUUGUGCUGGAAUGGACUCUGAUAGUCCUAAAGAAUACAUCACUUUGGUAAAUGGUGAUGCGGAAAAUUUCUCAGAAGUCUACAGCUACAGGUUACAUAACCCAACUGAAUGUCCAUAUAAUGGAAGCCGAAGAGAGAAUUGCCAGUGUAGGAAAGAUUACACAGCAGCUGGGUUUUCAGCCUUCAGCAAAGUAAGGCUGGACCUGAAUGCUAUGCAGAUAAUAACUACCGAUUUACAGUUUGCACAGACACUUGAUGGGAGACCUGUUCCUUUUGCCACUGCUGGGGAUUGCUAUAGUGCAGCCAAGUGCCCACAGGGUCGUUUUAGCAUCAACCUCUCUGGAACUGGCCUGUCAGUAAUGCAGGCCUCAAGGUGGCUUUCACAAGGAAAUUAUGCUGUUUCUGAAAUUACAAGAUCUCCUGAUGGUACCAAAGUAAUAGGAAAAUGUGGUGGUUACUGUGGAAAAUGUACUCCAUCAUCUGGAACUGGCCUCGAUGUUCAAGUGUUAUAGCAAUGGAUUUCUUAAUGCCGGGAGCU